GGCGGCUUCUUAACAAACUUUUUUUCAAAUAAUGGGCUGAAUAUAUUGUACUAGUCGAUUUUUUUUUCUAUAAAUUAAUUUUCUCAGCAUUUUGAAAUACUCUCACAUUAUGAAGACUACUUUUGUUUGGUUCUCUGUUUUGCUCUUGUUGUUGACAAUGGCAGUUUUGGUUUGCUCUGUUUCUUAUGACAAUGGAGGCACCUCAUCGAAUACUCCUGGUAUGGAGCAUAAUGAAUUGACAGUGACUAUCCAAAGCAGAAAGCUACAGGGCAAUGUCUAUGGAGCAAGAAGGAUCGAUGAUGCAGGGAAGAUAAAUCUGGAAGAUUACCGUCCAAUAGAUCCAGUUCCAAGCUCAAAAGCUUCAGUAAGACCAGGGCCUAUACAGCAUGGGACUCCUCUUAUGCCUUAUAUUCCUAAGCAGCCUUCACCUCCUCCUCCGACUCGCUCCAACCCCGUUGGCUUUCCAUAGGCCUGAA